AGUAGCUCACAGACCAAUCAGAGAACAGUCCAGUACAUCAAAAAGAAGAUCAGUGAGAAUGUGUCUCCAGAGAAAAGCAUCAAUCUGUUCCACUGUCUGAAUGAACUGAAUGAUCGUUCUCUAGUGGAGGAGAUCCAACAGUCCCUGAGUUCAGGACUUCUCUCCACAGAUGAACUGUCUCCUGCUCAGUGGUCAGCUCUGGUCUUCAUCUUACUGUCAUCAGAAAAAGAUCUGGACGUGUUUGACCUGAAGAAAUACUCUGCUUCAGAGGAGGCUCUUCUGAGGCUGCUGCCAGUGGUCAAAGCCUCAAACAAAGCUCUGCUGAGUGACUGUAACCUCUCAGAGAGAAGCUGUGGAGCUCUGUCCUCAGUUCUCAGCUCCCAGUCCUCUAGUCUGAGAGAGCUGGACCUGAGUAACAACGACCUGCAGGAUUCAGGAGUGAAGCAGCUGUCUGCUGGACUAGAGAGUCCACACUGUGAACUGAAAACUCUCAGCCUGUCAGGCUGUCUGAUUACAGAGGAAGGCUGUGCUUCUCUGGCCUCAGCUCUGAGCUCCAACCCCUCCCAUCUGAGAGAGCUGGACCUGAGCUACAAUCAUCCAGGAGACUCAGGAGCGAAGCUGCUGUCUGCUGGACUGGAGGGUCCACAAUGGAGACUGGAAACUCUCAGGUAUGAAGAGGCCUGCUGCAGCCACAGAAAAUCAGUCUGAUAGAGGAGGUAGAGCUGGAAACAUUUUCUCUUUCACACUGUCAGCCUGGUAAAUAUGACCCUGACAUACCAAGCUGACCUCAAACUACCAGAGACUCAUCAAACUGUUUAUAUCCCACUUCAGACGAUCAAUACAGACAGAAGUAGUCAGGGAACAGUAGCCAAGAUGAGCCAAAACAGGGAGGGAAGGUGAUGAAACUGUUGUUUUUCUGGAGCGUUGUCUUGUUUCAACAUUAGAAAAUAGGACAGUGGUGUAUCCUGACACGUCGAUGGGCAUCAUGGUGGGUUGACAUGCGUCAACGUCGUCACGCUGCAGGUUUCUUGGCUCAUAUCAAACAAUAGAUGAUGUUUUGAUGCUCGUGUGUGUUGCCCUUUAGUCCAGACAUUAUUGUGAAAAGACAAACCGACAGAAACAAUCUGUUCAAACCGUCUUGAUAAAUCAUCACAAUAGGAAUUUUUUUCUGUUUUAAAGGAGUUCAGCUUUACUUGGUUGUUUUGCACUGAGAGCCAGUUCUCUGGCUGAUCAGAGUCGACUUGUUGAAACUACAGGUGACAGUCGGCCACAGAUGCUCAGUGAAGAACCAACAGCUGAUUGUAGACAUGUGUCACAGCCCAAAGAGGUUUAUUUAGGACUGGACCACAGUUAUAGGGGGACACAGGCUCUGUGGCUGCAGACGGACUUGAACUGUAAUAUUUUCAACCUCAGAUUACAGAUAAUAGAAAUCAGUGUUGACUGUUGACGGGAUGUGAACAGCAGUGUCAAAGUCAGACACUUUGUACAUCCAACCAUCCACCCCGACCUCCUCCAUCAGAGGGUUUGUGGCGCUGUAGUGAUUUCAGGCUACUUUCUCCUUUACUUCUGAGAGACAACAGUCAGACCAAAACAUCCAACAAUCAAUACUUCUAUAUUGAAAAUUGAUCAGCUGACUCUGUGUAACGGUGAAGAGUCGUGUGGUGGUGAUGAACCCACAGAGAAUUGUCUCCGUCUCUGCAGCUCUACAGAGCUUUUCAGCCUCUUUUAGCUCAUAGUUUUGGUUCUGUAGCACAUUUCCUGUUUGGUUCAGUCUCGGUGUUUCCAGCAGCAGCUGUUUUGAUCCAACAAGCUGUGAUGAAGCCACUGUUCACUACCUGCUC